AUGAGGACAUUGAGCAGCUUAGGGAUCGGUCUGAGCCUGGUUUUCGGGUGUCUGUUCUUCGCCCUGGUCGCAGAGGUCUACUACUUGCUGUGGUGGAAGAAGAGAAUUGCCAACAGGGACCUGCAACUGGGCUACGGCUCCCCCAGGCAGCAACUCCUCCACCUCUUCCGCCUGCGGAAGCGGUCCUCAACGAGGCCCGGCUCUCUGAACCCGCAAGAGUUCUCCGCCGCGGCGGCCAAUGGCAACGCCGCCCUGGAUUCCGGCGGCGGCAAAGAGCUGCUGAUAAAAGGCCGCGGCGUUGAAGAAGGAGCCGAAUCAGAGCUCAUGAGGCUCCACAACCUCGCGGGCCCUCCCAGGUUCCUCUUCACCAUCAAGGAGGAGACCAAGGAGGACUUGGAGUCGGAGGAGGGAAGGUCCAGGGGGGACAACAAGAGCAGGAAGAGCUCGAGAGGGAGGAGCUUGAGCGACAUGCUCCUCGUCCCUGAGAGCCCCUUCCUCACUCCUCUCUCAUCCCCUCCCUUCUUCACCCCGCCAGUGACGCCGAUGGACUGCUACAGCCAGCAGGGAUUCAACCCUCUCUUUGAAUCGUCCAAGGAAGACAACUGGAGCAAGAUGAGGUCCUCCCCGCCGCCCAAGUUCAAGUUCCUCAAGGACGCCGAGGAGAAGCUCUACAGGAAGAUUCUGCUGGAGGAAGCCACGAAGGUGAACAAGACUCAGGGACUCCCUUCUUCCGCCCGCGCCCCUCCUUCGGUGGGCUCGCAGGAAGAUGGAUCCUUCGUCACCAUCAUCGUCAGCAAGAGCAAGGAGCAGCACCAUCACCACUCGAGCUCCUCGCAGGUCACUCCGCUGCCUUCUUCCCCUCCCUCGCUCUGA